UUUUUCUCUCCUCACAGAACUUUCAGACGCAAGCUAACGCAACGUAAACCCCCCCUUCGCACACGAACUCUAACGCUUUGAUCCUUACGAAUUCUAACGAUCUUGACGACCCGUUCGACCCUCGUAAGACCUUUAGGAUUGAUUCCAUUGUAGCACCCACAAAUCAACAACUGACCGGCUCAGAGAAGACCCCCCACCCCAAACCGCCAACUCCACCAAACUCUCAUCGACCACAGACAGUAUCCUAUCGAGCUAGUAUCUCUCGUACUCCUUGCAAAAAAGAAUCCUACAUCCGCGCAUCCACUGCCCACACUUCUCACCCCUCUACCGUAACCACCAUGAAGUUCAGCUCUGUGCUCGCGCUCGCCGGCGUGGUCGGCUUCACUUCCGUCAUGGCUGCUCCUGCUCCUGCGCCCGCCGCCAUGGUCACCGCCGCACCCGUGCUUCGCCGUGUUCCCGUCAUGCUCGCUGCUCGCGACAUGGACCCCAACGAGGCCCAACAGCUUGUCAACGGUUUGACAGGUUCCGUCUACAACGGCAAAGGUAACUGUGGCAACCAGAACAACAGCAAUGGCGAUGACAGCGGCGACAACAGCGGCAGCGGCUCGGAUUGCGAGGACGGCAGCGGCGCCAACAUGCAAGACGUGCACAACUACAUCAACGACGCUGCUUCUUCGCUCAACAACGCCGCCUCCGUCCUCCGCGAGUCCAUGAGUGGUCAGGUCCCGCGCCCCGUCUCGUCCUACCUGAAGGAGCAGUCUAGCCGCAUCUCUCAAGCAAGCAAGAUCGCCGACGGUGGAGUGUCCGCCAUGACCAAGUCGGCUUCGCAGUUCGUUUCGAUCGCUUCGGCAUACUCGGUCGCGCAGGCCAGCUUCACCCCGCAGGCGCACCGCAUCGAACAGCAGAUCGACAAUGGCACCUACAACGCUGCGUCUGGUGGCGUCAAGGCUCCCACCGUCCUCACGCUUGGCGGCGCCUUGGGUGCCGUGCUCGUCUGGGCUGCCCUCUGAAUACGCUCGGGCGGCAUACAACAACGGACGGCUUUCAGUCAAUCUCCGGACGUCUUUCGCCGGCUGCGACUGGCGACGCCAACGACACCGAGCCGGCAGCGAGCAUCCUCGUCGCCGUCGGCUUGGGCCAGCUGCAGCCGCGAUCCGGAAGGCGUCGAGGUGACAAGCGGCACACCGAACAAGCUGAGGCGGAGGCCAUGCAUGCAGAGCGACAGACGUUGGACUGACCUUGCCUCGCAUGCGUAAACGGAUUAAGAUGGGUGGACGUGGAUCGUCAAACCCCACAGACCGGAUGCCGGAUGCAACGAUUCUUUUACUUCGCAGGACGAACAACUCAACUCCAAUCCCUCCCGACUCAACUCAAGACAGGCGUCCAUCACCCGACCCUUUUGAGCGAACAAACGACCGACAAACAGGCUUCCCUUGUUCUCCAUCUCGCUCUGAUUUGAUCUCGGC